AACCAAGAGACUCACUCCCCCAGGGGAGAGAGAGAAGCAACUGAAUUCGCAUCCCGGAAUCGCAUGAACUUCGUGUUCGUACGAUCAUGGAGGAGCGGCAACUGAAUGGCAAACCAAACCCUAACCCUAAGAAUGAUAAGGAGAAAAAGAAAAGGAAGCAGGAGGAGUUCGAAUUCUGCAAAGUCUGUAAUCUCAACCACGACAAAGGCCGACGCCACAAUUACUUCCCUAACCACAUCAAAUCUCUCUUUUCCUUUCUCUCUCGAUUCCUUAAAAAGGUGUCAGACAUUCGAUUGUUCCUCAAAACUCCUCUUCUCCUCCGACCCGAACAUGCUGGCCGUAAUCAACUCUGGUGCGUCUUCUGCGAUUGUGACGUUCAAGAACUCGGUAGUUCAUUAGCUUGUAGCAAUGCGAUUAUUCAUCUCGCCAGUUCCGAGCACUUGAAGAAUUUAAAGCAUUUCUUAUGGAAGUAUGGCGGGGAAAUGGAUCGAGUCGAUGCAUUUAGGAUUUCUGAGGCAGAUCUUUCUAAGUGGGAGAAAAGGUGUGAAUCGUUGAAGAGUUCAGCUGCAUCAUCGAUUGAAGGAUCUUAUGAGCUGUCUAAAGAUAUCCAAUAUAAACUUAGCUCUGAAAAUAUGCAUAAUAUUGAGAAUAAAUCUAUUAUCUCUUUUAAAUCAAGUUUUUCGAACAGUGUUCUGCCUUUACAAUGUUCUACGAAUGAGAGAUGUCGCCAUUUUCAUCCAGAAACCACUAAAGUUGCUCGCACACUGCAACCUGAUUCUACUUCUUUGCCUGUGGACAUGCAAGGUAAGAUGCAUUCUCAGGGUAUCCAUGCAAAAAGCAUGACAAUGGAUUUGAAAGCUUACAAGGAUAGCCAACAUCCCCUCAGUUACAAUAGUCAUGGAGGCUCAGUUGGUUGGUCUUCUUGUAAUGGAGGGAUGUUCCAGGUUUAUCAAUUUGAAAGCAUGGAUAAUGGAGGCAGCAGUAUCCAGGUGGUGCAGAGUUUAACUCCAGUGUCUCAGUUGCUUGCUGGAGAACCAAAAGGCAAUGUGCAUUCUGGAGCUCUUCCUCCCUGGUUUGAAGAAAAGAAUGAAGACAAUCAACUAAGUGUUGAAGUAAACACAGGGUUAUGCACAAGCAGUUUUGCUUCUCCCUUGAAAAAUCUUGGGAAGACUCAAAAGUUGAACCCAAAACGAGUUGGAGCUGCUUGGGCAGAAAAACGAAAGAUGGAGCUGGAGAAGGAGAAAAGAGGGGAGAUUGUCUCUGGCAACUGUGAUACUGAUUGGCUCCCUAAUUUUGGUAGAGUUUGGCAGUCAGGUAGCAGGAAGGAAUCCAGGAAAGAGUUUGAGAAGGAAAAACAGAAAUUGCUCAAUGCUGAUAGUCUACCUGAGACAACAACCAAGAUACAACCGUACGUUAGCAAAAGACUGCGGAAGGAUGCAGAUGAAAUUAGCUUUCCCUCUGGCAAGUCAUCUUGAUCUUAUUUGGAGUACAUCUAAACAUUUACAAUGACAAAAUCCUGUAGUUUGUGCAUAUGUAUAUUGAUUGUUGACCAGGAGUAAAUGUUAGAUAAUGUUUAACUAUUGUACAGUGCAAAUAUAAUAGCAGUCAAUAGAGCAGUUGUG